AUGGGAUUGCUACUUUUAUAUAUUAUAAUUUUACUUGUGAACAUAUUUGAUUUUUCAUCAGGAAUAAUAUAUAAUAAAGGUGAUAUGGAGAUACACUUUGCUUGUGAUAGCAAAGGGUUCCCCCAAAAGAAUGAAAUAAUCAAGUUGUAUCUUUCCUCAGAUGACUUGAAAAUCGAGUGUUCUUUCCAAUCUGAAAGUGAGCUUACUUCGAAGGAAUUUCUAGGUGUGUUCACAUCAGGAGGACUUGCUCCCAGCCUGGGAAUUAUAAAUAGUACAUACACUGGCAUCUUCCACUUUAAUUUAACUUUGUUCAGUGAUCGAGUUUACUGGUUGAUCAAUAUUCCCAGAGAAAACAUUACAAAAAAUACAGAACCUAUUCUUCAGUGGGAUCUUGGGACUAUAAUGACAAAAAAUGAUAUCACCCAAGUCUAUCCACAUGUGGUGGAUCUCAAAGUGGCAAAGUGUCCAUGCGCUAAUGAUGUAGCAUUACUUGGCUUCAUUUUGAAUGCAACAUAUAAUGGUAUUUACAUAGGCCUCAGCUUUUCUGGAUUUUGGGAUUACAAUGAUACCAUGUGGUAUAACCUGACAGAUACAAUCUAUUCCCAAGUUGGAGAAGAACACACAGAGCUUUCAGUGGUGGAUAUGGUUUUAACAAAUCACUUUUUAGUUAUCCUCACCUCUCUGGGUCUCUUUGUAAGUGGAGAUCUCCGUUAUCCGUCAUCCUCUGUCUUAACGUUUACAAGGGCAGACUUUUGUGGUUUCGAAAGGGUUGACUAUGUCAAAGGAAAAUUGUGGUAUAAUGAAAAAUGUUUUGCUAACAGAGAACACUUUGAAGUUGAUUAUGUUACUAUCACCUUUGAGAGAAACAGGACUCUAAGUGAGUCAAGCUCUUGUUUUUAUACCAAAGAACCAUUUCAUGAAUGGUUACCUUGCUUACCUCAUAUUUUAAAAGGAAUGAAAUCUUUUCCUUCAACUGUGAUAACAUUUCUUGUUGACCAAGAGCAUAGUGCCGGAAUCUACCUCUUCUCCAGCCAAGUAGGCCAUAAGAAAAGCACCACUGCCUCUGUGAGCAUCCUAAAAAAUAACAAACCAGGAUUAAAACCAAAAUUUCCACUUUUCGUAUUUCCUUCAUCAUUCUCAUCUCCUGUUGGAAUGGUAUUCCAUCCACGAAGCCAUUUUCUCUAUGCUUAUGGUAAUCAGGUAUGGCUUUCAAUCGACGGCGGCAACACCUUUGAAUUAUUGGCUGAUUUUCAUGAUGAUAUCAUAAAGAAUACUUACCAUAGUUUUUAUACUUCAGAUAUUACUUUUGUUUCCCAAAGUGGAAAUGUUUACUUGACAAAGGCAGGAUUAACAAGAUAUAGUAAAAUUGGAUCUAUUUCCGAUAAGAUUUUCACAUUGUACUACGACCACAUGGGCUUUAUACAUAAACUGACUCCAGACCAUUUUGAAGCUGAUGUGUCACUCAGAACCUUUGGGAAUUCUAAAGGUAUUUUUGGACAGGCUCCUGAUAUGGGCUUUGAAACUGCCCUUGCACCACAGUACGUCACCUUAAAAGAAAUGAUCUUUUAUGCAUAUGUGCCUGCAAAUGAACCUCAAGGAAAUAUAUACACCAAGAAAUUCAGCAACAUGCACCUGGGAAAAGUGAUACACUCCAGGAAAACUGGAACAGCUUACAUAAGAAAGGUAUUACAACAUAACACUCCUGAUGGAUUUUUGUCCUCUGUUAUUGCGGAAGUGAUAGACCCUUUUGGAAUAGAAGAAGUGAAUACGAGCCCUUGUUUGUCCAGUUCCCUUUCUAUUAAUCGAACUGGAAAUGUCUUCUAUGAACUUACUCUUCAACCACAAAUUAUUCCUGUUUUAGCUCCGGGUACUAAUGCCUCAUUUCAAGAUCUGGAUAUAGAGAAGACUGUGGUGAUUCCUGGUUACAGCAGCUUCCUGAUCAUAAGCGUUUUAGAUGCUAAGAAUGCUUUAGCUGUUGCUACCAUGCCUGAAAGAGUGCUCAACAAUAUGACCUUCCCAAAAGACUCCUGGUUCUUAUACAACUUGGGGCACAGGAAUGGACGAAUGUGGUCUAUAUAUGCAAAACCAUGUAAUUAUUGGUUUCAACAUGAUCAUUCCCUAUCCCUCAAUAUCCUGAAAUACAUUGAUCUGGGGAAAUCUCGUACUUUAGAAGUUAAGGUCAUACCUAAUACAAAAGGUGUUCGAACACUAGAAAUACCACUACUGAAAGUCAUUGUUGGAAAUGCAAAUUUGUUGGAAGUUAAAGCUGAAGGCUCUUUUGAUGAUACUGAUAGUUACGUAAUGAAAAUUUCUGCAGCUAGCAAAGCUUUACGUCAAGGUUCAACCUCAUUGGCAUUAGUUGUCUGGGGAGCAUCUACUGAGUGUUUUGUCACGACAGUCGUGCCAACAUUGAAAAACAGCUGUAGUUAUCUCAAAUCUAUGCAUCACAUUCCUAGUAAACUCAUCCCACUAGAAGACUGGAUUAGCGGUGUUCACAAAGACAGUCAGGGUUUUAAUAUGAUCAAAACUUUACCGAUAAACUACAGGCCUCCAUCUAAUAUGGGAAUUGCUAUUCCACUCACAGACAAUUUUUACCAUGUGGAUCCCAGCAAACCUAUACCAAGAAAUCUAUUUCCUAAGUCAAAGGUCAGGAAUUGGGGAAGGGUUUGGCUGGACACUUCUCAUUUGAAGGUUGUCCUGCGGUUGCACUCAGAGGGUUGUGCUGCCGUCCUCCACGAGCUCCGCGGGGCUGUGGUUGUCAAAAUGAAGCAUCCACCAGGCUCUGAGCAGUUGAUACUGCCUAUCACCUUAUAUAACCCAGCAGGCCUCAACAUAAGUGUAAAGGGCUCUGAGCCAUUCCAUUUCAGAGUAUCAGCAGUUUCUGGAGUCACCUUUUGUAACUGAGUUGGAGAAUUUCAGAUCGAAAGCAGUCUCAGGAGCUGGGUCUUCUUUUUCAAGACAGAUUUGCACGGAGAAACGCCUGAAGUCCGCGAGGCUCCGGCGCCUCCCCAACCGUGCGCUCCCGGCGCCCAGGAGAGGACACUCGUGGACAGGGAGGCGGAAGCGGAGGCGCCGCGGGAGAGCUCCAGGGCGACGGAGCCCGGCGCCUGUAGGGCAGGCAACGGCUGCGGCUGCCGGACAGCGAGGAACCGGGGAGGCCGCCGCCCUCGGAGCCGGAGACGCCAGACGCGCGGCGAGUAG